AUGAAGAUUCAAAUUGUUAGAUAUUAUUCACACUCAUAUGAAAAGAUUAGAAAUGUUGCAAUUAUUGCUCACGUCGAUCACGGUAAAACUUCAUUAGUCGAUCAAUUAUUACGUCAAAGUGGUGCAAUUAAAGAAACUGAAAAGGAUGAAAGAGUUAUGGAUUCAAAUCAAUUAGAAAAAGAAAGAGGUAUUACUAUUAUGGCCAAAUGCACAUCUUUUGAUUAUAAAAACCAUAAAUUAAAUAUUGUAGAUACACCAGGUCACGGUGAUUUCGGUGGUGAAGUAGAACGUGUUCUUUCUAUGGUCGAUGGUGUAGUUUUAUUAGUAGAUGCCACAGAAGGUCCAAUGGCUCAAACUAAAUUUGUUCUUUCAAAAGCUUUAGGUGCUGGUCUUAAACCAAUUGUUGUCAUUAACAAAUUAGAUCGUUCAACUGCUCGUGUCGAUGAAGUUGAAAAUGAAAUUUUCGAUUUAUUCGCUACCUUGGGUGCCAACGAUGAACAACUUAACUAUCCAACUCUUUAUGCUUCAGGUCGUCAAGGUUGGGCCGUCAAAAACCGUGAUGAUGACAAAAAAGAUAUCCUUCCAUUAUUAGAUACCAUCGUCGAUUAUGUCAGUGCACCAAACGUUAAACCAGAAGAACCAUUCUCAAUGUUAGUUACCAAUUUAGAAUCCGAUCCAUUCGUUGGUAGAAUCGUUACUGGUAAAGUUUACAGUGGUAAAGCUAAAAUCGGAAGUCCACUCCGUGUUGUCACCAUGAGCGGUGAUGUUAUUGAAGAAGGUAAAAUUACUAAAAUCUUUUGUCGUCGUGCCACCGAAAGAAUCAUUCUUGAAGAAGGUGAAGCUGGUGAUAUUAUCGGUAUUGCUGGUUUCCCAAAUGCCACCGUUACAAAUUCAAUUAUUGCCGAAGGUAUUAAAGAAGCCAUUCCAGCCAUUCCAAUUGAUCCACCAGUCAUUUCAAUGCAUUUCGAAGCAAACAACUCACCACUUGCAGGUAAAGAAGGUACCCAAUGCACUACAUUAAAAAUCAAAUCACGUCUUUUCAAAGAAAUUGAAUCAAAUGUUUCAUUACAAGUUAUUGCCAAUGGUGAAACCUUUGAAGUUAAAGGUCGUGGUGAACUUCAAUUAGGUAUUCUUUUAGAAAAUAUGAGAAGAGAAGGUUUUGAAGUUUCAGUAUCACAACCAAAAGUAGUUUUCAAGAGAGAUGAAAAUAACACUUUACUCGAACCACAAGAAGAAGUUACAAUUGAUGUCGAUUCAGAAUAUUCAGGUAACAUCAUCGAAAAACUUUCAAAGAGAAAAGGUGAUAUCAUCGAAAUGAAGCAAUCUAUGGGUAAAUCACGUUUAGUUUUCCUUGUACCAUCAAGAGGUUUAAUUGGUCUUAGAAGUGAAUUAAUCAACGAUACUAAAGGUACUGGUGUUAUGAAUCAUCUUUUCCACUCUUACAUCCCACAUAAAGGUGCUAUGGAUAAUAAAGAAAAAGGUUGUCUCGUCUCAAUGAGUGAUGGUACUGCAACUUCUCACUCUUUAUCAUACAUCGAAGAUAGAGGUACCUUAUUCAUUGGUCCACAAACUCAAGUUUAUUCAGGUAUGAUUAUUGGUGAAAGUUCAAAAUCUCAAGAUUUAGAUGUCAAUCCAGUUAAAGCUAAACAAUUAACCAAUAUUAGAACUACAUCAAAAGAAGAAGGUGUUCGUUUACAACCACCAAAAUUAUUAAAACUCGAAGAAGCUAUUUCAAGUGUUAAAGAAGAUGAAUUAAUUGAAAUUACACCAAAAAGCAUUCGUUUAAGAAAGAGAGAAUUAGAUGCCAAUAAAAGAGCUAAAAUUCAAAGAGAAAAGAAAUAUUUAGAUUAA